AUGCCAGAGGCCGGGGACUCCCGCCAGGACCUCAAGCGAUGGAAGAAGAAGAAGCAGCAGGUGCAUCGCACUGUCAGCCAGAUCUGCCCGCCCCCUCGGCGGCCCCUGACGGUGGCUGACAUCCGCCCAGGCAUGGAGAAUGAGAGGCUGGGGGUCGUGCGGGACUCCAUGUUUCAGAACCCGCUCAUCGUCAAGGUGAGCCACCCACAGUCAAGGGUUUCCAGCCAUCAAGUCCUGGAUGUCAGUUCUGUUGGCCCGGUCAUUCCUUUCCUUGUUGGAGUCCACAUCAAAGCAGGCCCACAGGCUGAACUCGGCAGGCCCCGGGAGAGAAGCUGCAGCCUGCCUGGCAUUGACUUCAAUUACGGACUCUACAUCCGGGGGCUGGACGGAGGGGUCCCCGAAGCCUUAGGGCACUGGGACGUGUUUAAGCAGCAGCCCACCUGCCCCCAAGAGCUAACCCGGAACUAUAUCGCCAUGAACCGCGGGGCAGUGAAGGCUGGCCUGGUGACCGCCCGGGAGAACAUCCUGUACCGGCAGCUCAAGGACAUCCGCAUCAGCGACAAGGACGACCGGCGGACCAAGAAGGACGCACCCUCCCUGCCCCCAGACAUGACCUACGGCAUCCAGGCACGGCCUUCUACACCCUUCUUUGAUCUGCUGCAGCACCGGUACCAGCAGCUGUGGGUGCAGGAGCAAAAGGCCACCCAGAAAGCCAUUAAACUGGAGAAAAAGCAAAAGGUGAUCCUGGGGAAGCUGUAUGAGACCCGGAGCAAUCACCUGAGGAAAUAUAAGCCGCCCGUGAAGCUGGAUGCCCUCUGGCACAUGCCCCACUUCCAGAAGGUGGGUCGCCAUCUUGACACGUUCCCCACCGAGGCUGAUCGCCAGAGAGCACUCAAAGCCCAGCGAGAAGAAUACGCAGUGCGCCAGGGGACCCUGCGCCUGGGCAACUACACCCACCCCUAG